AUGCAUAACAUUAAAAAGAGUAAAUAUAGAUUGAAAGAUGUGAUUGAAGGGAAGACAAGCAACGAUGAAAAAUCAGCUUAAAAGUUUGUUUAACUUUCGCAUAUUAAAAAGAAUGUUUAAGAAUUCAAUCAAUUGAAGUCUACGCUUUAGGAUCGCAAAGUUACUUUUGCUAAAUUUGCAUUUCGUUAACAAGAAUUGAUUGAUGACAAGAAACUAGGUCCAGUCUUGAAAGGAAUAUGCAAUAGAACUAGAAUAGGUUCUAUGUAGAUAACUGAAUUAAUACCGAAGUUCGAUCUUUAUAAAUUUCUUAAAUAAUCUCAUUUAGAACCUUCAAAAAGAGUUCUAAGAAGGUAUGCUCAUUGGGAAUGGGAUCAAGAACAAGAGGAAAGGAAGGAAGUGCCUCCUUCUUAUAAAUUUACCUCAAAAACAGAGUUUGAGUAUAAGAAGAAGAUGGAGACAAAGGACGCUGAUAAGAAAUUAAGGAAAGACAUCAUUAAGAAGUGGGCUUCCAGUCUUCCAGAUGUUUGUGGAUUGACUGCUUUUGGCAAGUAAUUUACUAUGCAAUCAUCUCCACUGAUAAGCACGAAAACUACACUCUCUAAAACUCAUACAUAUUUCAGUCCUAAUCCAAGGAGUGAAACAGUUUAAUUCGUUUCUGGUUUGAUUCACGAAUUGGAUGAGAUUAAAUUAGACAACUUGUAAAUUCGAAAAAAAUUAAGAGGGACUCAGUGUGCCUUACAAAAAAUAAUUGAGAAGCAGCAAUAACAGAAAGUAGCUCAUAUGGAAAUUAAUGGAGAGUGA